AAAACAAGACGAUGAAAAUCUUAGUCCCAAACUUCAAGCUUAUCGCUGUCGUCGGCUUGUGUAUUGUUCUCGGCAUUUUAAUAUACACCAGCGAAAUGCUGUCAAAAUUUCAAAUCCAAUCGGAAAAAUCCGUUCCUGAGUUGGUCACAGCAAGCGCUCCACGGCAAGAGACGAUUGCUGUUAUCUAUUUAGAUAAGAAUAUCAACGAGGUAAAGCCGGGUGGAGGGGAUAAAAAGGUGGAUGUUGUGACGACGACGGAGAGGCCACGGGUGGAGGCUGACGAGGAGAAGAUGAGAAAGGAGAGGUUGGACAAACAGCUGGAGGAGUUGAAGGCGUUGUUUGGGCCGGAGGGCAACAACACAGACCUCAAGAUGCUGUACUCGUGGAAGGGGCUUGGUCCAGAGAAAGGUCUGUACAACUUCACCGUGGUGACCGCCAUGAUGGACAUUGGCCGGGGGUCGUGGUCCAACCAGUCCCGCCCCUACAAGACCUACCUGCUGUACAUGCUACGUCUGCUGAUGAUGGACAUCAACCUGGUCCUGUUCGUUGACCCGCAGGCCGCCACGUUCGUCGAGUGGAUGAGGCAGGGGAGAGAACACAGAACUAAAGUCUACCUCAUGGUGUUCAAAGACCUGCCUUACUAUAAACUGAAGGAUCGUAUGCGGGAGAUCAUGAACAGCACUGAGUACAAGAAGGACAACGAGUUGGUCAGGGACAAGUUGUGUGAGUCAUACAUACCUGAGUACGACAUUCUACAGCUGUCUAAACUCUACUUCAUGGACAGGGCCGCUAGGGAAAAUCCGUUCAAGACCACAUACUUUAUGUGGAUGGAUGGUGGAUACGGCCACGGGAACAACGUGUAUCCACCCAACAACCUGUGGAUACCAAAAGGAUUAUUCGAAUAUCCGAAUCAGGUGACCUUCAUCAACCGUAACCCAGGGGUCGAGCAUUAUAGGAGCGUCAAGGACAAAAUCCACAAACUAAGCAUCAAUAUUUUGGCGGGGAACUUCUUCUCCGGCGGUGGCGAAAACUUCAAGGAGCUGUACCGGCUGCAGCAGGAGCAGGUGGGCGAGUGGAUGGAGCAGGGAGUCGUGGACGAUGACCAGACCAUGUACAUGCUGAUCUAUUACAAGAAACCAAGUUUGUUUCGUUUGGUCACCGGGGAUUGGUACGACGUGUUUAAACUUUUUAAUGCGCAGCAGUAAUGUAAUGUAAAUCUUGGACUUCAUAAAAUAUUGGGGGAAAUAUAUUUUUGUAAUGUCUGUGAUAUUGUUCCUAAACAAAGUGCAUUUGAUAUUAGUUGUGUGCACAAAACAAAAUAUUAUUUUGAAAGUAUUUAGAUAAUAUUCAUUUUUUCACACAUAAUAUUUAAAAAAGAAAUAAAUGCAACCAAUAUAAUAACAUCAUAUUUGCCUAUAAUUCAGGGGUCUCCAAACUCUUCAGCCCGAGGGCCGCAUUGACUAUCAAAUAUCGGUUCGGGGGGCCAGAAUUAUCUGAACGCACCUCUUCGGUGUGGCGGAGGCCUUUAAGGGGACGUAUAGAUCAGAAGAUUUCCCUCUCUUCUAGUUUUAGGUUAAGAAAAUUUAGUGACUAGUUAUGUCAGCAGCAGAGGCCAAUUUCUAUACCGACUCUUCAUCAGACAUGAAUGGCUGUGGCUUGCCUUUACUUUCCAGGAAGUAACCUAUUUCUUUCUUAACUUAAAUACCCUUCUCAGUACGUUCUCACAACUUAGC